AUGGCAGCAACAACAGGCUCUCUGAAGUCUUUCGCUCCUGGUGAAGCCGGCAAUGAAGGUGGUGAUCAACUGAGGUAUGUGUUGAAGGAAGGGCAGGACAUCAGCGGUGCUUACUACCUAGUGGAAAUGGCCACUGAUGGGCGAAAUUUGGCUAUCACUGCGUACGAUGACAAACAGAAGGCAACCUUAGAGUUGCUUGUGAAUGAAGCAAACCACCGCAAGCUUUUUCGAGAUCACAAGGGAGACUAUAGGGCUAUUGCUGCCAAGCUUUGUCUAGAUGGUGAACGGCUCUAUGUCAACCAUGAAGGAAUGGCUCCUGAAGCGAAGACUCAAGGCACGUGA